ACCCAAGUCUCUAUGCCAACAAAAACACAUGAACUGCUUCAUCGAAUGAGUGGAAAAGGUUUAGCAGCUCAUUAUCGCUUCUCAAGACAGCCAGGCAUUUUUGGUGAUCGUAUGGUAUCUGUGCAAGUGACAGUAACAAAUACAACUGAUCACAAGAUAGAGAAUAUUCACAUCGAAGAGAAGAAAUUACCUCCAGGCAUGAGGAUGCAUGAGUUUAGUCCAAUAGAAUGCCUUGAGCCUGCAGGAUCUGUUACCGUUUCAGUGGGUAUUGACUUCUGUGAUUCUACUCAGAUGGCCAGUUUCCAGUUAUGCACAAAGGAUGAUUGUUUCAAUGUUAGCAUUCAGCCCCCUGUUGGAGAACUGCUUUUGCCUGUCACUAUGUCAGAGAAAGACUUUAAGAAGGAGCAAGGGAUGCUGACAGGAAUGAAUGAGACAUCUACUACAAUAGCUGUUGCUCCACAGAACUCUACUAGACUUGUAAUAAUUGAGAAGCUAGUGAAGGCAGCAAACCUGGGUGUUGUCCCUUCUGGUCAAGAUAACAUACACAGGUUUGCCGCUAAGACUGUGCACAGUGGGUCGCUGAUGCUAGUCACAGUGGAGCUGAAGGAGAGCUCUACAGCACAGCUCGUCAUAAACACUGAGAAAACUGUGAUUGGUUCUGUUCUGCUGCGGGAGCUGAAGCCUGUCCUGUCCCAGGGGUAACCUGCUUACAUCUGGACUUCAGAAUCUGGCACACAACAAAAGUGCCUGGCAUCCACUACUGCUGCCUUUCAUUUAUAAUAAUAGCCCUUCCAUCUGGCAGUGGGGGAAGAAUACACUCUUGACAUUCUUGUCUUCUGCUUUAGAAUGCUAGUGUGUAUCUAUCAUGUAUGCAAGUCCUUUCCUUUUUUUCUGCUUGCUAACCAAAGAACAUAUAUUUUACUGUCAGUUAUCUGCGCUUUAAAAUGUUUCCUAUUUGUUCUACCUUAGUCCUUCCCUGUCUGCUCCCUGCUCCCUUCCUCCAUUACCUUUCUUCCCUAAUAGUUUUCCCUAUUUUAGUGGACAAAUACUAGAUAAUAAAGUUCAAGGGAAAUCACACUCCUUGAAAACUGAGUUAAAAUGGCAGGUAGGUUCCAGCAACAUAAAAAGCAACUACGUGGUUCGGAGAGGUUUUUUGUGUAAGUGUAAAAAUACAAUAGGUACAGC